GAACUCCUCCACUCUCACCCUGUAAUCCCAAACACCCAAAACUCAAAACCCAUUCCAUUCAAACCAAAAUGUCACUCAAACCCAAACCCCCCAAAACAGCAGAAAGUGGGUUUCAUAGAUUACAACAAAGGACAACACCAAGUCUCUGUACAUGUCCCAGGUUUCAAAAAAUCAGACUUACCCAAACACCAAAGACUCAAACUUCAAAAUGACAAGUUUCAAAAAGAUUGGACUAUUUCACAACUUGUUUCCAAGAUUUUUAAUCUUGAUAAUUUUGAGGAUAUUGAUGGCUUGCUUAAUUCUUGGGUUGGUAGAUUUGCUCACAAGAAUUAUCCUAUUCUUAUCAAGGAAAUUAGCCAGACAGGUUCUAUUGAGCAUAGCAACCAUGUUUUCAAGUGGAUGAAGAAUCAAAAGAAUUAUUGUGCACGCAAUGAUAUAUACAAUAUGAUGAUCAGGUUACAUGCAAGGCAUAAUCUAACAGACCAGGCACGUGGAUUGUUUUUCGAGAUGCAAAAGUGGAGGUGCAAGCCAGAUGCUGAAACUUACAAUGCUCUCAUAAGUGCACAUGGACGAGCUGGGCAAUGGCGUUGGGCAACAAAUAUCAUGGAAGACAUGCUACGUGCAGCUGUUCCUCCAACUCGCUCAACAUAUAACAAUUUAAUCCAUGCAUGUGGAUCAAGUGGAAACUGGAGAGAGGCUCUGAAAGUUUCCAAGAAAAUGACAGAAAACGGGGUUGGACCGGAUCUCGUAACUCACAAUAUAGUAUUAUCUGCCUUCAAAACUGGAGCUCAAUAUUCAAAAGCACUCUCUUAUUUUGAAUUAAUGAAAGGAACAAAGAUUAGACCUGAUACCACCACUUUAAACAUUGUGAUCCAUUGCCUUGUAAAACUGGGACAAUUUGGAAAAGCAAUUGAAAUUUUCCACUCAAUGAGGGAGAAGAGAGCCCAAUGUGAUCCAGAUAUCGUGACCUUCACUAGCAUCAUGCAUUUGUACUCGGUUUCAGGUCAAAUUGAAAACUGCAAGGCUGUUUUCAACACAAUGAUUGCUGAAGGAUUUAAACCCAACAUUAUAUCUUAUAAUGCACUUUUAGGUGCAUAUGCUUCUUGUGGGAUGAGUAAAGAAGCAUUAUUGGUUUUUAAUGAUAUAAAGAAAAAUGGGUUUCGCCCAGAUGUUGUAUCUUAUACAUCUUUACUCAAUGCUUAUGGAAGAUCACAGCAACCCGAAAAGGCCAUGGAAGUAUUUAACUUGAUGAAAAGGAAUAAAUUGAAGCCAAAUGUAGUCACUUAUAAUGCUCUGAUUGAUGCAUUUGGAUCCAAUGGUUUUUUGCCAGAAGCUGUGAAUAUGCUGCAUGAAAUGGAAACAAACGGUGUGCAACCAAAUAUUGUCUCAAUUAGCACCUUAUUAGCGUGUUGUGGUCGUUAUGGUCAGAAGGUCAAAAUCGACUCCAUACUUGCUGCUGCUGAUUCACGCAGAAUUUCCUUGAAUACCGUCGCAUAUAAUUCUGCUAUUGGGAGUUAUAUGAACAUAGGAGACUAUGAUAAAGCAGUAGCUUUAUAUAAGUCCAUGAGGGAAAAUAAUGUUAAACCUGACUCGGUUACCUAUAAUGUUCUGAUUAGUGGUUGUUCUAAGAUGUCAAAAUACACUGAAGCUCUUGAGUUUCUUAAUGAAAUGGUGGAUUUGAAAAUCUCCUUGUCCAAUGAGGUUUAUUCAUCUGCAAUUUCUGUCUAUAGUAAACAGGGCCAACUUUCCGAAGCAGAGUCAUUGUUCUCAAAAAUGAAGAUGACACAUGGUAGUCCUGAUGUUGUUGCAUAUACAACAAUGCUACAUGCGUAUAGUGCUGCAGAGAAAUGGGAUAAAGCAUUUGCAUUGUUCCAAGAAAUGGAGAUGAAUGGUGUUCAGCCAGAUCUUAUAGCUUGUUCAGCAUUAAUGAGAGCUUGUAAUAAAGGGAACCAACCUGCUAAAGUUCUCAUCAUAUCUGAAUUUAUGCAGGAGAGGAAGAUACCAAUGAAUGACACCAUCUACUUUGAGAUGUUGUCUGCAUGUAGUAUUCUGCGAGAUUGGAGGAAAACGAUAGAACUAACUGAGAUGAUGGAGCCGUCCUUCAAUGUAAUGUCUGUUGGACUUCUGAAUCAGCUUUUGCAUUCAAUUGGAAAAUUGGGGAAGACCGAGACCAUGAUGAAGAUGUUCUUUAAAAUAGUUGCAACAGGUGCUGAAAUCAAUCUUUCUACUUAUUCAGUGUUGCUAAAGAAUCUUUUAGCUGCUGGAAGUUGGAGAAAGUACCUUGAGGUAAUGGAAUGGAUGGAAGAUUCUGGAGUUCAGCCUUCAAAUGAAAUGUAUCAAAGUAUACUUGCAUUUUCACAAAGCAGUGGCCGUGACUUUUCUGUUAUCAUCCAAGAUAGAGUUGAGUGCUUGAGAAGAAAAUCAUGCGUAUAAAGGUUGCAACAAAUAAGGUCAACUGAUGCUUCUCGUCUUGCAACCUUGUGCGGCCAUGAUUCAACAAGAAUUGCUGAAAUUGUCUUACACAACCGGAACCUGGAUCAUUGAAUGAUAGAAGGUGCAAGUCGGGGAACCUAUAUAAAUUCUCUGAACCCUUGACCUUGUGACGUGUAAAAGUGAGACUGGAGACAUCAGGAUGCGGACCUAGUUACUUGAUGGAUGUUUGGCGUACUGGGUGCGAGUGUGUUCAGAGAAUAUGGAAAGCCUAAGACAAAGACUACAAUGUCUAUGAUACAGCUGUAGUGUGAGUUGGCCCCGAAUUAAGUCAUGUAAAUUUGUAUAAUUCUAGGAUUAUACUCGCUAGUCAAAUCCUAAAAUUUUUGAAGAACCUGGACCUCAUAUAGGGGUUAGCCUCAUUUCGUUUAACGGCAGUCUGUUGCUACCAUAAUGGUUUAGUUGGUGGCUAAUGUCUAUCCUGGAAUAAAUAUAAUUGAUAAAAUCGUUGAUUCUUUAACAUA